GAUGGAGACGAGCCUUAAGGUUGUCCCAGCCAUAACAGAAACAGUGAUAUUACUGUCAAACCGAAUCGGUAGUGAUGCUAUCUACGUUUAACGUUUUGCACGAAAUUGUUAUGAAUAUCAUAAUUAUGUUUUUGUAAGGACUUGUUCACGGUACGCUGAUAUAAGCUUUCCGACAAAAAAAGACACAAACGCCAUUUUAUUGACAUUUUAUACAGAAAACGAAAAAGGAUAUAUGUUGAGGUUUUUAACAUCGAUAGCUUCGCACUUUAUUUUUUAAACGUUAUACAUUAGGAUGGAAACAACAUUGGCCGAAAUAACGGAAGAGAGUGGCGAAAAACCAAUUCAAAUUAGUUCUCUGGUACAAGUAGUACGAGUUCCAGUGAAACAUGCUAAUCUAGGAAUUCGUAGUCAUGCCAUGGACAUGAGCACAAUGGUAGAACUCACAUCAUUUAGCACAUUGGGAAAGAUUCAACCAUUUUUAGUGACUGUCACAAGUACCGCAGCUCUAUUGGUAGAUUUACAUUGUCACUUAACAGACAAGGAAGUUUGUGGCUACUUGGGUGGACACUGGGAUAUUAAUUCACAUAAUCUUUCUAUAACAUGUGCAUUCCCAUGUCGUUAUUCUGGCAAGGAUAAAUCAGCUGCAGCAGCUGUAGAAGCUGAAAUUGCCAGAGCCAUGGAAUGGAAACGUGUUACACUGGUAGGAUGGUAUCAUUCUCAUCCACGUUCUCAUGCGUCGCCUUCCUUGAGAGAUGUGGACUCUCAAUUAGACUAUCAAAUCAAGAUGAAGGGACCUAGCGACAACGGAUAUAUACCGUGUGUAGGAUUAAUAUGUUCUCCGUACAACAUGGAUGGCAACUGUUACGAGUCGAAUUUUAACGUCUUUUGGUCUUUGCCUCCACCUGAAAACAGACCUCACGAAUAUCCCCGACCUAUGCUUCUUAGCUACACGUUAUCGCAGGAGCACUUCCUCUCUCAAGAUACAUUGGAAGAAAUUAGAAGAUGUAUAGAAUAUUAUAAAAGUGAAGGUGGUAUCGACUUUACUGCCAACUUUAAUAACAAUACAACGUAUCUCGAACGCUUAAGAUGCUCACUAGCAUCGAAAUUACCUGGUCGAAACCGAUCAAACGGCUCAUAUUGGGACGUGAUCAGGGAAAUGAUUUGCCCAGGCUCCGAAGAUGGUACGCCGGAAUUCUUGGCCAUGAAGUUCCCUUUAGUAUCUGAAUCGCUCGGGCCUUCCGUCCCACCGCCACCGGGUGUCAGUCUUACAGCCGGUAAUGCGGCUGUUUUCCUCGCACCGGUCAACUUCAAACCCGACGGCGCCAUAAUCACUCCCACGUCCAAGCCGUUUGUACUACAGCCGUCGACCUCCCGGGAUAACAUCAUCAAGAAAGAUAGCGGCAACGUCGGUCCUAAUGACACCGCGUCUAUCACUCAGAUCAAGGACGGAAAUUCUGCAAGUUCCAAACAUAUAUCCCCGUCAGAAAUUAUACCGAGCUUUCAUUCCGGCGAACUUACGGUAUCCGUGAAAAAUGCCAAGUGCGAUUACGACUUCGUACCGGCGGACUUUUCGAAGAUGCCGCUGACUAGCGACAGUUGCAGCGCUGCUAACAAAGCUCGAGCAUCGGCGAAUCCCGACUUUCCAUUGGCGGACAUCACCCAACAAAUUACCAAGUUUUCCGACCUGACGAAACUGGCCAACUUCUCCACUGCCGACUUGGCAAAGCUUUCGGGCUUCUCCAUCACGGACUUUACACGAACUUCCUCGCCGUCGCCAUCGUCCACAUAUAUGCGCAACAUCGCGAAUCUAUUCGGUCCUCUCGGCAAAAUCUCGCCGGCAAAGGACGCGGAGAAUAACGAACGUAAACCAGCUGACUUUGUCACCGUCGAUACGUCGUCGUUCAAAACCGCCGGCACCCCGGAGCUAUGCCGCAACUUUUCUGCCGAAGAUUACGAUCGGAAGAAACUGGACGCGGAUAAUUCGGCCAAGAUGAACCGAUUGAGCGAGUAUCAAGGAACGGAAGAUUUAACGAUCUCGAGCGUCAAGCCUGAAUUUAGUAUGCUGGACAUGACGACGGUACAUAAAAAACCGUCCCAAUCUGCCGACAUGGGAGAUUCCCUGAAUCUCUCCAAAGAUCGUUAAACUUUUCCGACAUAUGAUUACACUUUUAUUGUGUCGAAAAGUAUCACGCCACUCAAUGAUGCUUACAUUUACAUCUACAGGCAACAUUAGUGUUUCAACCGAAUACGAUAUCGAUGUACUAUGAAUUAUGAAUUAUAGCAUAAAUAUUGUAAAAUCAUAA